AUCUGGAAGGUGGUGGUGGUGGGGAAGAUGUUCGCCUCGGUGGGCCCUCGGGGCGGCCCGCGCCCACCAGUCGCCCCGGCCAUCCCGGAGCCGGACCUCAGCCAUCUGACGGAGGAUGAGAGGAAGAUCAUCAUGGCUGUGCUGGCUCGGCAACGGGAGGAGGAGGCAAAGGAGGAGGCCAUGUUAAAAGAAGAGAAGCCCAUCCAAGCAAGAACGGUGAACCUGGUUGGGCAGAAGAAGCCUCCACAGCAAAAUGACGUCCGAGGUAUCCAGCAGCAGUUGUCCAGCUACAGGGAGACGGUGAUCAGGCAGGCCUCGGCGGCGGCAGGCUCAGCCGUUCACCGGGAUGAUGCACCGACCUGCGGCAUCUGCCACAAGACCAAGUUUGCAGACGGCUGUGGGAACUUGUGUUCAUACUGCCAGACCAAGUUCUGUGCCCGCUGUGGGGGGCGAGUCUCCUUGCGAUCUAACACGGAGGAGAAAGUGGUGAUCUGGGUGUGCAAUAACUGCCGGAAGCAGCAGGAGCUCCUGACCAAGCCAGGUGAGUGGUUCACUGGUCCUGCGGGGAAGAAUGCCGGCCUCGGUUCAGCCGUCAGCGAGCCGUCUGUGUGCCAAACAGCCGGGGAUAAGAAGCUCCGAUCUCGCUCCCAAGCACCCCCGGGCUCCACCACUGCAAUCCAGGACCCCAACCGACUGAGCACAGGCGGGACUCUACUUGGCACGGAUGCCCGGUCACUUAGCGAACCACCACGAGACACGAGAAAUGGACGGGGUGGUGCAGGAGCAGGAGGGGGGGAGCGGCGGCAGGGCCAGCCCAGGCUGCAGACGCAGGUGUCCAUGGACCGGGACCUGCGGGGGGAGUCCAGGGAGCGCAGGGAAAACUGGCGGCUGACAAAGGGACGCUCUUUGGAGCAUGAUCCUGUGGGUGGAGGUGGCGGGGUAAGGCGGACAGAAGAGGGGGGUUACCACCACAUGGACCACAGCGGUGGCCCCCCUCGACAAGCAGGGCAGGUCCCUCCUGGAGGCAGGGGCCACCCUGUGUCUGGGCAGGGUCGUGGUAUGGGCAUUGGGGAGGUCGGGGACGGCACACGGCCUGGACAGAGGACGGUGGGUGGGGUAGGUGGGCCGCAUGAACACACUCUUUCGCAGCAAGGCCCCCCUGAACUCCGAGAGCCUUCUGGUUCAGGCCCCGGCUCAGUACCCGGCCAGGGACCUGUAGUGAGACGGACCAAACGGGAGAAGGCUGAGACCAUGCUGCGCAAUGAUUCCCUAAGCUCUGACCAAUCAGAAUCUCUGCGUCCUCCACCACCGCGUCCCCACAAGUCAAAACGAGCCCUGGGGGCCGGAGGGAAGAGACAAGCCAGUCUCAGCAGUUCAGAGGAAGAAGGAGGGACCACGCCUGAGUACAGCAGCUGUGAGGAUGCCGAGAUCGAAAGUGUCAGCGAAAGAGGCGACUGGGAGGGCUUCCCACAUGACCCCAAUGUUUUUCAUCAUCCUGUAACCUGGCAGCCGUCAAAAGAGGGAGACCAUCUGAUUGGACGAAUCACCCUCAGCAAGAGGAGCGCCACCAUGCCUAAAGAAGCCGGCGCUUUGCUGGGGUUAAAGGUAGUGGGAGGCAGAGUAACAGAGUCAGGGAGAUUAGGUGCCUUCAUCACCAAAGUCAAGAAAGGAAGCCUGGCUGACGUGGUGGGACAUCUCAGAGCAGGGGAUGAGGUUUUGCAGUGGAACGGGAAGCUGUUACCGGGAGCAACCAUGAAGGAAGUUUACAACAUAAUCCUGGAGUCUCAAGCUGAACCUCAAGUGGAGCUAGUGGUAUCCAGGCCUAUUGGGGUGUAUAGAAAAUAUCAUGAUAUCCCAAGAAUCCCCGACACGCCCCACCCUCCAUUAGAAUCUACAGGUUCCAGUUCUUUUGAGUCCCAGAAGAUGGAGAGACCGUCCUUAAAUGUCCUAUCUCCCUCCAGUCCCGGGAUGCUCCAAGAUGCUCCACAGUUAAUGCCAGGGCAACUCUCAGUGAAGCUGUGGUACGACAAAGUGGGUCACCGGCUAAUAGUCAACGUGCUGCAAGCUGUGGAUCUUCCUCUUCGGCCUGACGGGCGGCCCAGGAGCCCCUACAUCAAAAUGUACUUCCUCCCCGACCGCAGUGACAAGAGCAAACGGAGGACAAAAGCAGUGAAGAAGACCUGUGAGCCCAAGUGGAACCAGACAUUCAUCUACACUCACGUCCAUCGCAGGGAUUUCCGUAAGCACAUGCUGGAGCUGACUGUGUGGGACCAACCCAGGUCACCAGAGGAGGACAGCACUUUUAUGGGAGAGAUCCUGAUAGAGCUGGAGACGGCCUUACUGGACGACAAGCCUCACUGGUAUCCACUCCAAACACAUGAUGUCUUAUCCAUACCGCUGCCUCGACCAUCCCCCUACCUGCCCAGACGACACACAGAUGCCCCUGGCAAGAAACUCCAGCGUUCUCAACGGGUAACAGAGGCUGAAUUUGAUGAGGGUACAGCAGUAGUGUCUAAAGCAGCAGAUGGGCGGGGCAGGGAGAGGCAGCGGGAGUCCACAUCUACCCUGGCGGUGCCUGAACAGCAGAGGACACCCACCCAUCACAUACGUUCCCGUUCUGUCUCCCCGCACCGUGAGGAGCAGGGGCGCAUCCGGUCGCGGCCGCCCAACGUUCCCACCCAGAGGAGUCUGGAUGAUGAGCUUCCUCACACUCGUCGUUCUCGUUCUCCAACACGCUACUACGACCCUGCCAGAGGAGGUCGCCAUCAGGGAGAGGAGUACCUGGAUGACAGUGAGGUCAUCAUGAUCCACCAAUCAAUGCGAGGCAAAAGUGCUGAGUGCCUGCAUACCAGGAGAUCUACUAGGCACAAUAACACACUGCCCCCUAAGAUGCCUCUUUUGUUCAACGGUAUCCACAAACAGACAAACAGUGAUCUGCAGCCUUCUCUGGACAGGGUUAGGAGCGCUAGUGCCAACUGUCUGACUCCAGACAAUCAUGCCCCCUCACCAAAGACUGAAAGAAAAUCUUUGUCCCAUUCCCUGCCCCGAAGACGUCCAGCAAGUCCCAGGAUUCUUAUCCAACAUGCUUCCCCUGAAGACGACAGGGGCCACCUCCAAGGUGGUGCGUCUCUUUCCUCCUCAGUGACGUCCUCCUCAGCCCGCAGAGUGAGACAGCUCCCACAGCUUCCCCCCAAGAGCAGCACCGCAGAACAAGCCCUGGUAGCAGAGGAGCGUGUCCGUCAGCUCCAAAUGAGGGUUCAUUCCAACCGGGUGUCAGCUGCUACCACCACCAGCCAACAGGACCUGGACCGAACCCUCAAGAACAAACGGGAGAUCUACAGGGACCAGAGGAGGAAUAGUGAAAAUGUUUCCCAUAAGUCCUCAGACAGUGAUGUCAGCGACGUGUCAGCCAUGUCUCGAACCAGCAGUGCCUCUCGCAUCAGUAGCACCAGCUACAUGUCCAUCCAGUCAGAGAGACCCCGGGGACGCUUCAGCCGAGCCAUGCGUGCAUCGGGUCGCCACAUGAUGAAGAGCACCAGCGUGAGUGGUGAGAUCUACGGCAUGGAGCACGCCGAUGGCAGCCAAUCAGAUACGGCGCUCGGGAGCCUGGGGAGUGGAAUCAAGAAGCGGCGCUCAAGCCUCAGCCAACGUGUUAUUGCCAUCCUGCCAUCCAGACGGAGUCGGAGUACCUCUCAACUUAGCCAGACAGAGGCGGCGGGUAAGGCGGUGGACAGACAGAAAGAGGCAUCAACAGGCAAGAAGGUGGGUAAAGCAGGCAGCAGCAGCAUCCAGAGGAGCGAGGAGACGGGCAGGGCAGUAGAGUAUCCACGAGGAGGAUCAGCCAUGAACCGACAGGCCAGCAGAGACUCGACUGAUGGCAGCAUGAACAGUUACAGCUCUGAGGGGAAUUUGAUCUUCUCAGGGAUGAGGUUGGGUGCCGACAGUCAGUUCAGUGACUUCCUGGAUGGAUUAGGUCCCGGUCAACUGGUGGGCCGGCAAACUUUGGCAACACCUGCCAUGGGUGAUGUUCAGAUUGGUUUGAUGGAUAAGAAAGGCCAGCUGGAAGUGGAGGUGAUCAGGGCACGAGGCCUUACCCCCAAACCAGGCUCCAAAUCCCUCCCAGCUCCGUAUGUCAAGGUAUACCUGCUGGAUAGUGGAACAUGUAAAGCCAAAAAGAAAACAAAGAUUGCACGAAAGACCCUGGAGCCGCUCUACCAGCAGCACCUGCUCUUUGAUGAGAGUCCCCAGGGCAAGGUGCUUCAGGUGAUCGUAUGGGGCGACUAUGGACGAUUGGACCAUAAAUGUUUCAUGGGUGUAGCACAGAUCCUAUUGGAGGACCUGGACCUCUCAAGCACGGUGAUUGGCUGGUACAAACUGUUUCCGCCAUCUUCAUUGGUGGACCCUACAUUAGCUCCGCUCACGCGGCUGGCGUCUCAGACGUCACUGGACAGCUCAGGACCGCCGCCAGGUGUUCGGUCCUAGUGACCGGAUGGCGGCUGCCUAUCCCCCAAUACCCCUUAAAUGACAAAAUAAUGGACCACAGCUACUGGACCACAACUGAGCAGAGGGCGAGAAGACGCCCCGAGGACGACAACAAGAAGCCCUCAGUCAACCAAUGAAAAGCCAGACGGAGAGACAGGGAAUGAGAGAGCGAAAGAGAGAGAGGGAGAGACAGAACUAGCCAAUCAAAGCUUAGCUGGAGUCUGACAAUCACGUCUCACACCUUCCCUCUUCCUCCUCCUUACACCAUUAUGUUUUCAAAGCUUUUCUUUCUUUGUUUUCUCCCCUGAGCUGCAGCAGUGGAGGUUUCUGUCCAACAUUCUUCACCUCUCUCCAGUGUUUCUUUUAUUUCUCUUUACUUUGUUGUGCAGCCCCUAUCAGAGCACUCAAUCAAAGUGGAGUCCUCCACCUAGUAGCCCUCCAGCCAAUCAGAGUAGAGCUUACUGCUAGGCCACAGGGACAAGUGGUGUAAAUGAUGUGUGGGAGAUAGUAAAUAGCAAACUGUUGCAGCUUCAUGUAACUAUUGUCUUGAGGUUGGCUGUUGUCUACAGGUGUUACCAUGGGACCAGUUUCGUAGAUGAGGGGCAGUAGUUUGGCUCAGUCUGGUAACCUUAAAGGAAAGGGAACUUGCACAUGCAUGUGCACAUUCUUUUGUGCACAGCCUUGCUGUGAGAUAUGAAAGGAAGCACAAGAAAAGCUUGACUCCUUCAUUCAGAUAGAGGCUAACAAAAACUUUUCUCUGUGUUUAAACAAAGAGGAAAGAAAACAAAGGCCAAAUCAAUUACUAGCUUAUUAUUUUUCUUUUGGAAUAUUUUUUUCUGUCUUUGUUUUGCCUAGAGUUCAGAAUGGUACCACAAGGUGCAGACUCCCUCUGUGUACGUGUAUGUUUGGUUUUCGAGUGGUGGUGAGCCGACGAUCAAGGUCAGGUCACAUUUGCUCGAACACCCUUCGCCCAAACCCCACCCCCCGUCUCCUCAACUUCCUCACCCCUCAAACUCCCCCUGUAGGAGGGAGCAGCAUGACUCGGGGACGCCCCGCCCCGGCCCCAAGCUGCAUGCACGUUUCUUUUGUUCUGUUUGUUUCGUUUUUGUUCCGUUCUCUACUUUUUUGUAAAAUUGAAAGAUGAGACAAAUUAACAAACAAUUCUCAAAAAAACAAAAACUGAAAAAAAGACUAGACUAUGUGUGUUAGUUCCACAUACUUUUAGGCCAGCUUGUAUGUUGCAUGUUCUUGUACAGUUUGCUCGUACUGAAUAUGAAUACAAACCGAGAAAAGCCAAGCCAUCCCUGCCCCCUGACAGGAGCGGACCAAUAGGGGGGAUCAACUCCACCCAGGCCACGCCUACCACUCUGGGUCUAAAUAUCCAUAUUAGGAAGUCUCCAAAAUAUUGUCUUUGUUUCAGUUUUUUUCUUUGAACCCUUUGAACAACAGUGCUGUUCUGUAGUACUGAGCAUACUCGAGCCCCUGGCGUAUCUGAGGAUGUAGGUGUCUAAACUGUAGUUUAAGACAGUCGGGGCUAGAGGCAGAGAUAGAGAAUGUGUGUAUAACAGCUAAAUGUAUAUGAAGUAUCAUUAUGAGUUUGACAGAAAUUAUAAAGAUAUAGAUAUAUGAAUAUAAAAAGAGUGUAUCUGACUGUACACCCGUCACCAACACACACACACGCACACUUUGUACAUACAAAUCAGGAUGAGCGGCUUGAACUUAAGUUAUAAACAAACAAAAGAUCGCUGACACACAAACAUUCCUGGUCUUGUUGAGGGGAAUUUGCGUCCGGUGCUUGAGCCGCUGAGCGGUAUCGAGCCACGGGGGACGCUAAUAGGACUUUAUUUUUCUCCCAGUUGCAGAAAAUAAGCAGAACCAAUUGGAACUAAGUUUACUUUCUUCUCCUUCAGUCCCCCGUUCCCUGUUUAUUGCUAUUGGUUUGGACUGGACUUCUAAAGCCAAUAAGAAAUCUGGUUUUGCAGACAUAUUUUGCAGACGUUUUGUUGAAACCCUUGGCGGUAUGGCCGACUGCCCUUUCCUUUGUCAGUAUUACUCCAGGAAUACUGAUUGUUUACAGCCCAUGGCUCCCCACUCCCAAACCACGAUUCUAGACGAAAGAUGAAGUAUUCACUGCAACAGUUCUUGUUUGUAUAACAGAUGUGGCUCUACUGAUGUGUAUGUUUUAUAUUCAAGAGUUCAUUUUUAUUAUUUACAAAUAAAAGACUGUGUGGAAGAAGA